UUUACUUUUCUAACAUUGACCACCCCAACUCAAAACAAAACAGAAGAAGGCAAGCUACAUUUGAUCUCGUGACAGUGAAACCCUAACAUUGAAAGAUGUUGAGAGUUGCAGGGAGGAGGCUCUCAUCUCAGCCGUGGAAGCCACCACAUACAACCUCUGCCUUCCUCGCCGGAAACACUCCCCUUAAUCAUCAUGCCGCCGCCGCCGCCGAUGCUGACGCCGACAACUCCAGAUCCACUAAUUGUCCUCUUCCUUUCGCUUUCCCUUCCCGCUUUCCGAAUCUAAUCAGAGGUUUCUCUUCUGAUGCCCUCACUCCAGGACAUGAUAUGGGUAUGAUCUCGGACCUCCCAGCUACUGUGGCAGCUGUGAAAAACCCAACUUCAAAAAUUACCUAUGAUGAGUACAAUCAUGAGCGUUAUCCGCCUGGUGACCCCAACAAGCGUGCAUUUGCAUAUUUUGUCUUGACAGGUGGCAGGUUUGUGUAUGCCUCUUUACUUCGUCUCUUGAUCCUCAAGUUGGUUCUGAGCAUGUCUGCGAGCAAAGAUGUUCUUGCCCUUGCUUCUCUUGAGGUUGACCUCUCCAGCAUUGAGCCUGGGACAACUGUUACUGUCAAGUGGCGUGGGAAGCCAGUUUUCAUCAGGCGUCGGACGGAAGAGGACAUUAACUUGGCUAACAGUGUUGAUGUUGCAUCUCUUCGUGACCCACAGGAAGAUGCCGCCAGGGUUAAGAAUCCAGAAUGGCUUAUUGUUGUCGGUGUCUGCACCCACUUGGGAUGCAUUCCCUUACCAAAUGCUGGCGACUUCAACGGUUGGUUUUGCCCCUGCCACGGUUCACACUAUGACAUCUCUGGCAGGAUUCGCAAGGGACCGGCACCAUAUAAUCUAGAGGUGCCCACUUAUAGUUUCUUGGAAGAAAACAAGUUACUUAUCGGGUGAGUGUUAGUAGGGGAGUUCAUUUUUUGAGCAUUAGUGCUACUGCAUGAUGUCAUAAUAGAAAUUUUCUUACAGAUGAGGGAAGUUUGAUUUUGCGAAUUUAUUUAAUUUUCCUUUUGGCUAUUUUGUUUGCUUUACACAUUUAGAUAUUCUGUCUGCCGAGAAAUCUGGGCAGGAAACUCAGAUUCUGAAUAAUACAACUGGAAAUUUAUUGAGCGUUUUCAGUUUUGAGGGUACGAAAAGUAAAUUCUAUUAAAUAACAGAAUUGUUUUGAGA